AGACGUAACAAAUGAUGCGUUAAGAGCAAUAAGACGUUUAGAAGUAGGCGGCAAACUCCCCUGUCUAUUCAAACACCUGUCGACGAUCUCGCCUCCAUUACCAAUUCUUCAAAUCAAAAGGGAGUUUGGAGAAAAGGCGCCUACUGAAAAAUCACAAAGUUAGAGUUUCGGAUUGAGGGAUAUAAAACGCUGGUUUAGAGUUUGACGGUCAGUUUACGAGAGGACAGCGCAAGAGAAAGUUCAAGUUUGAUUUUUCAUAGCGAUUUGAGAAAUCUGGUCAGUGCGGCUUCGCAAAAGAUACAAAUACAAAGAAUCAAGAUGGCGUCUAAAACUCUGCUCACAGUAUUCGCAGUUGCUAUGGUGAUCUCAUUAGCGUCAGCUUUUUUGGAUGACGACGACGAUGACGUAGAUUUCUUGACACCAUUAGAGGAAGAGCUCGCAAAGAGAGAUUUUAAUGACUUCCUAAGCUUGGAAAAGAGAUCGUACCCAAAAUGCAGACAUUGGUUUACAAAGGCCCUCUGUCGGUGUGAUGACAAGUAUGACAAAUACGACGAACGAAGAUACACAUGUUUUGGAAGAAGCCGAGGCUACAACGACAUGCCAUUCGCUUGAACGUCUCUUCUUCUACACCGUCUCAAGUCUUUUUCUUUAAUUGAUGAAUCUUUAUGUAACUUCUGUGUAUCACUGGUCUUGUAAAUUGUUAAUGAACCCAAUUUUCUCAGUUCCAAGCAUUUUGAGUUUCAAUUAUUAUGAUACAAUUUUUGCCAUUGAAACACAUUUACUUCUUAUGGUCCACAAAGCUACCCUUUUGUUAAUCCAAGCCGUGUCUUGUAGAAAACAAGAUUACUUUGUUUAAACUUGUGGAAUAGUUUUGUCACGCUAGAUGGCAGCAGACAUGGGAACUACACAUUAUUCACGAAAAUGUGCACAUGACGUGCAUGACGCGUCAUGACGUCAUGGCGUAAACAUGCCGCGUUUGUUAUGUGCUGCCACCUAGCGUCGCCAAGUGUCCAUUGACAAUAAGGUGUAAGUCUAUUACUUUGAUGCCCAUUAAAGAUAUUGAUUGGUUUUGAUUAUUGUGUGUGUGAUUGCUGUCAGGAGGCCAAUACCACCUACUUUUGAUUGUUAAUUAUUAUUUACCUAGUAUUUACAUCGUCACAGCCGAGAGUUUUUUCCGAUCUUGAUUGGCAAAAGUACAAGCGAUGUCAUAGGGAAAUAUGUUCCCCUGAGAUUCUGUUAGAGCGCUAUUAGAAGAAGUUUGUACACAGUUCACUGUAAUGGGGUUAGGGUGGUCUCCUUCUACAAUGGGUUUUAAAUAUGUUCCCCUGAGAUUCUGUAAGAGCGCUAUUAGAAGAAGUUUGUACACAGUUCACUGUAAUGGGGUUGGGGUGGUCUCCUUCUACAAUGGGUUUUAAAUAUGUUGCCCUGAGAUUCUGUAAGAGCGCUAUUAUAAGAAGUUUGUACACAGUUCACUGUAAUGGGGUUGGGGUGGUCUCCUUCUACAAUGGGUUUUACUGAAAAAAUAAAUACAACAAAUUAUCUUUUAAGUUUAAUGCUAUUAUAUCAUCCGUAAUUAGAAAAGUCUAACUUCUUCAUGCUUAAAAACAUAGCUAAUCGACUCUAGUAGAGUCCUUCUCGAGGGCUAAAAUAAUAGAGGUUAAUGCUUAACUACAGAAUGGCUUGUUCCACGAGUACGCCUUCUGUCAAAUUUUAUUUUUAAUAUCCUGAAUGAAAUAGUUUUUGUUAUUGAAGUGAAGUCAUGAGAAAACUGUGUAACUGUGUUUUUUUUUUUUUUUCCAUCAAAUCCUCGGUGCUAAUUCUCUAUGAGGAAAAAGACAAUAAUAUUUUAGAUAAUUUAUUGCAAUAUUUCAGAAUUACCCGGAUCCGCGGGGCCUGAUCCUUUUCUGAAUCAGUAUAACCCGGACUCUGUGUCAAAAUUACCCCUAAAGGUUUAAAAUGGUGCCGAAACUGGAUUUGAAAUCCUAUUCGUAACCGUUUUCCGGGCUUACUCCGCACGGACACGGAUUCUGGUCAAUUUGCGUUACACUGCCGUAAGGUAACCAUGAUUUCACAUGACAAUCAUUAAUACAAAUCCAAGCUGUUUGAGUUACUAGAAGUUUCAAGUUAAAACUAUUCUCUCGUUUUAUAUUGUUCGAUUUGAAAAUAAAAGUACUGAAAUUGA